ACCUUUAGCCCAAUUAGGUUGAUUCGAAACGGUUGGCUAGCAUUGCUCAUAGGAACUAGUUGUGUGUUGUAUUUCCGCCGAGUUGGGCAGUUAUUCCAGUCAUCCGGGUGGAGUUUUUUUCAAAAGGAUAAAAGUUUCAAGUGUUAAGGAAAUAAUCUAAUUUUUAAAAAUGUCUAAAGGACCCGUUAGUGAUUUGCAGUUGAAGGAACAGGAUCUUGCAAACAAAAGCAAACGAGCGUUGGUUGAUGGGAAACCUAAAGAUUGUGUAGAAAAAUUAAGGCUACUGUGCCUUAGUCGUGGUGCUACUGGUAUCCUUGGCCUCGGAAGGGCAUUUCGAAGAAUGGAUGACGAUGGUAACAAAUCACUUAAUCUAGAAGAAUUUGUGAAGGGUCUUCGCGAUACAGGACUUGAGUGCUCCGAUGAGGAAGGCGAGGAAAUUUUCAAAAGGUUUGAUCUUGAUGAUAGUGGAAGCAUCAAUAUGAAUGAGUUUUUAUUGGCGUUACGACCCCCCAUGUCACAGUCACGUCUCAAUAUAAUCGACAAAGCGUUUGAGAAAUUAGACAAAACCGGGGAUGGUGUUAUAACGGUCGACGAUCUGAAGAACGUCUACAGCGUUAAGAGCAAUCCUGCCUACACCAGCGGCGACUUGACAGAGGAUCAGAUUCUGACUAUGUUCCUAGCAAAUUUCGAGGACGGAGGAACCGUCGAUGGAAAGGUUACUAAGGAAGAAUUCGUCAAUUACUACUCAGGAGUGAGUGCCUCGAUCGAUAACGAUGCAUAUUUCGAUUUGAUGAUGCGUCAGUCGUACAAGUUGUGAGCGUGGAAAUGUUUGACUAACUUUUUUUCUAUAUUUAUCACUGGUUUCGAAAGCGGAAGAUUCCGUGCAGAAAAUAUAAGCGACCUCAUUAUUGUCCACGCACGAAUUUUUAAUACAUAAUACUGACUGUUUGUACUAUUAAUUAUUACGUCUGCUAUGUAUCCUAAUGCAAGCAAAAUGCAACCUAAUAUUAAUAAAUAUUCGAUUAGAAGUAUCUUUAGCGUGCCUGGAAA